CAACUGUGUCUCUGACAAGACCCAAUUCCUUCCUUCCGCGGCUUUAUCUGGACAGAUCAAGUCACACAACAAAGUAGUUUGUUCCUUACGCGUAGUGAAAUACCAUUACAUUAACUCAACCCACCAGCCUAUACAUCCACACCCAUCUCAUCUUCCUCACUCUUUCUCUCUCUGUAAAUUUGAAUUACAUUAGCUCUUGAUUGUUUAUUGCCUCUCCUCUGUUUUUACUUUUUUGAGCAGAGCUUUGUUUGGCCUUUCAAUAUUUGUUUAUAAAUAAUACAAAUUUUAUUACUAGUUUGUUGUUUGUUGCUGGUAUUCUCUGGAACACGUGGGGUUUUAUUCUUUGCCUCCCAAACGAAGCUCAACUCAGAGCGUGAAUUUGGGGAUGGGUCUCUUCCAUGGAAGCAGAACAGAGCAUGUCUUCUUUAUAAUACUUCUCUGUUCAUGCGAAUGAGCUUGUUUUCUUUAAUUUUUUCCAUACGGGUUUUACUUCAAAUGUGUCAUGAUAUAUACAGAUUUGGUUUUUACUAGUCACUGGAAGGUAAUAGAUCAUCAGUAGAUUCUAGAGAGAGAGACAAAAAUGGCAUCUGGAAAUGGGCUCUACUCAGUUGAAGGUUUCAAUUUGGAUGCCAAGUGGUUGAUUGAUCCAAAACUUCUGUUUGUUGGGCCGAGAAUUGGAGAAGGUGCUCAUGCUAAAGUGUAUGAGGGCAAAUACAAAAAUCAGAAUGUUGCUAUUAAAAUGGUUCAUAGAGGUGACACCCCGGAGGAGAUUGCCAAGAGGGAGGCCCGAUUUGCACGGGAGGUUGCAAUGUUAUCCAGAGUUCAACACAAGAACCUGGUGAAGUUUAUUGGAGCUUGCAAGGAACCUGUCAUGGUUAUAGUAACUGAACUUCUAUUGGGUGGAACAUUGCGGAAAUACCUGCUCAACACGAGGCCGAGGCUUUUAGAUAUGCGUUUGGCAAUUGGGUUUGCACUUGACAUUGCUCGUGCAAUGGAAUGCUUACACUCCCAUGGGAUCAUCCACCGAGACUUGAAACCUGAGAACCUGCUCUUGACAGCAGACCACAAAACCGUCAAACUCGCGGAUUUUGGUUUGGCAAGAGAGGAGUCAUUAACAGAGAUGAUGACUGCCGAAACAGGAACCUAUCGCUGGAUGGCUCCAGAGCUUUACAGCACGGUCACGUUGAGACACGGAGAGAAGAAGCAUUAUAAUAACAAGGUGGAUGCAUACAGCUUUGCUAUUGUUUUGUGGGAGCUCAUACAUAACAAGUUACCCUUUGAAGGCAUGUCAAAUCUGCAAGCAGCGUACGCAGCGGCUUUUAAAAACAUGAGGCCUAGUGCUGAUGACCUGCCAGAGGAUAUGGCUUUAAUUGUGACUUCUUGUUGGAAGGAGGAUCCAAACGACCGUCCGAACUUCAGCCAAAUCAUACAGAUGCUUCUGCAUUAUCUUUCAACGAUUUCACCACCAGAACCCGUUAUCCCACAUCAGGUUUUCGCUUCCAAGAAUGUGGUCUUGCCACCGGAGUCUCCUGGUACAAGUUCCUUGAUGGCGGCAAGAGAUGACUCUGCGCAGACCCCGACAACCCACUUGGAAAACAAGCCAAGAGGCUUCUUCUUCUGCUUUAACCAGUGCUACUGAUCCCCUGAAGGGACAGUAUCUCCUCCAGAGUCCAGAGGUACCGGUAUUCGAAAAUCAGUGUCGUAAAUGGAGCUCAAUGAACAAUAGUCUCAAACAUUACACAUAUUUUCAUACUAAAAAGAUGUCAAAAAUAUUGAGAUUCAUAAGUUUAGCUGUCAUAGGAAGCCUUUUAAGUUUUAACUGCUGAAGUUGCAUGUUAUGCAAAGGGCUGUUUAGGGUUUUGGAGUUGGGGUUGCUGUGAUGCAUUGUAGCUGUAUAGUAAGGUCCAUCCAAUGGCCUUUGCUCCAUUCAAUGUAAGAAUCUCCUGAUGUAGUAGAAUUGAAUGUAUUCAACUUAAUGCAAAUGAGACCCACCAACCAUUCACUUAAGAUUUCUCUAGUGAUUGUAAUAUAAUUAAUUAUAUCAAGUGUUGGAUUCUCAAAUUGAUUGUGUUUGUAUUGAACUUCAAUAUAACACCCAACAUAUAGUUGAAAACUUUUGAUGAA